AUGGCUGAGGGUCAGCAGCUCCGCAAGCACAUCGAUGCCACGCUCGGCAGCGGCAACCUUCGGGAGGCCGUCAGGCUUCCGCCAGGCGAAGACCUCAAUGAGUGGCUCGCCGUCAACACCGUUGAUUUCUACAAUCAGGUCAAUUUGCUCUACGGCACACUCACUGAGUUCUGCACGCCGGAACACUGCCCCACCAUGUCCGCCGGUCCCAAGUACGAGUACCGGUGGGCGGACGGCGUGCACGUGAAGAAGCCGUUGGAGGUGUCGGCGCCCAAGUACGUGGAGUUCCUCAUGGACUGGAUCGAGACACAGCUCGACGACAGCACCAUCUUCCCCCAAAAGCUAGGAGUUCCGUUUCCUCCGCACUUUGAGAAGGUGGUGCGCACGAUCUUCAAGCGGCUGUUCCGAGUGUACGCGCACAUCUACCACUCACACUUCCAGCGCAUCGUCAGUCUCAAGGAGGAGGCUCACCUCAACACCUGCUUCAAACACUUCAUCCUCUUCACACAUGAGUUCAACUUGAUUGACAACAAGGAGUUGGCGCCGUUGGAAGAGCUUAUAGAUUCAAUCACAUAA